AUGGAUCGUGAUAAUACUAUUAGGGAACUUAGAACUAAAUUAUUAGAGGCCGAAAGUGAGAGAGACUCACUAAAACAACAAAAAUACUCAUUAGAUACGCAAGAUACGUCCCAAUGUAAUGACACAAUAGAAAACCAACGACGCCUGUCGUCAAAAACAAUACCUAUUGAUGAGACUACGGGUACAAGGCACGAGAAUAACACUGAUAUUAGUCUGAAUAAUGGUAAAUCUCAUGUCUCUGACUCUAACUCGGCUUUGCAAAAUAUCCCAGUGCCUGCUAUAACAAAUCUGAAGGCACUCACGACCAUGUCUCUUGCGUUAUCAAAAAAUAAUCCAGAAAAUUGGUUAGGAAAGCUGCCUCUCUUAGAGGGAAAGCACAAGGCAUCUUGUACUCUCAAGUCUGCCAAGCAAAAUAUUUCACAAACAUCUACCAUGAAGACAACAGAUGCUAGAAUGACGGCGAAUGCCAUCAAGACCCCAAUACAACCUAUGUCAAAAAAUACUAAGCAUAAAUGUCUCCCAGUAGAUUGGAUGGAGAGGUUGCCUCUCAUAGAAGGAAAACCUAAAUCGCAACCAGUUCAGCGGCCAAAUAAUAUCAGCUGCCCGAAUCGUAUAAGAAUGAUAAUUAUUUUUUAA